AUGCUGGCUACGUUGGUGCACCCAGAUCAGCGAGACAGCCAAAACGUUUCUUGUGCCGUCUGUUCAUUCAGCCCUCUAGCUCCGACACGAACUUUCAGCACAGAGCGAGCCAAGGGCGCGUAUGCUGCUGCCGCAGCUAGCUACUGGGACUAUGCCGGAGCCUCAGACGAGAAGAGGAAAGCCUGUGCAGGUUUCCGCUUUAGCUCACGUCAUUCUCAGGCGCAGCACGCGCAACAAGCCGCUGUAGAGGAAGACAAGAAGAAAAAGAAGAAAAAGAAGAAGAAGCGAGGGCAAAGCUCUUCGUCGUCGUCGUCGUCAUCCUCGCAAAACGAUGCAGCUGCUCAGUGGGCCGAGAUGUGGCGCUCCUGGCAGGGCGGGGCGACCCCAAGCGGGCCCCCACCUGCACAAGGCCACCCCAUGGCCUGGAACCAGUGGGGGGGUGUGCCUCCGCAGGCUCCAGGCUGGCCAGGUCCUCCACCAGAUGGCGGCAGCAUGGGCUCUUUCGAUGGUCGAGACACAGGUUGGGCGGUUGCAGAGCGGGAGGAUGAUGAGAGGUCAGGUCCAACCGAGGACGUUCCGAUCUUCCUGGAGCCAUCCGUCGAGGACGAAGUCGCUGUACCGAAAGCUCUUCUCGGGAAGGUCAUCGGAAAGCAAGCGGCUACAAUCAUCGAAAUCCGAGAGAAGAGCGGGGCAUUUAAAGUGGAUGCCAGGGAUCAGACCUCCGAUCCUUGCAUGGUGAAAGUAGCAGGCACUGCGGAGGCAGUCAAGAAGGCCAAAGACCUCAUCCUUGAGCUUAUUGAUCAAACCAAGCAGAAGCAUUUGAGCUCGCACUAUGUGGAGAUUCCACGCUCAAAGAUAGGUAUGGUGAUAGGAUUGAAAGGAGCGCAAGUAAACGAAGUCCAAGCGCAGACUCAAACCAAAAUCGACGUCGACUUUGAGACGGAUCCAUGCAAGUGUUACAUCAAGGGUGAGGCAGACAACGUGGACCGUGCCAAGAAAGUCUUGCUUACGAUAGCUAUGCAGUUGGAGGAUGAGGCAUCCGAGUACUUGGACCUGCCGAAGACAGUGUCUGGAGCCCUAAUCGGAGCUCAAGGAUCCCGCAUCCGGCAAUUUCAAGAGAAUAGUGGCGCUCGCAUCGACAUUGACAAGUCCGGAAAUCGCUGCAAGGUUCGAUUGACCGGCAGCAAGGAGGCAGUGUCUAUCGCCAAGUCGCUCAUACAGGCAGAACUGGACAAAAACAUGGUCCCAACGAAGACACCUGGAAGCAUGGCCAGCAGCGGCGCAGGGGUGUCCCACGGACCUGUUGCAGUGCCAGCGCAUCAACCUAGCAGUUUCCCAGCCACGCUGUCAGAAUCUAUUGCACGAGCAAGAGCCGCAGCCGAAGCUGUGAAGCACGGGCUGAUACCUUCCGGGCCGCCCGAAGGGUCGCCUGUCAAUCCACCGCCGCCAGCUCCGUUGCCGGUACCGCCUCCUCCUAGGCCGCCAGGUGCGCCAAAGGGUGGUCACUGGGGCGGAGGAGGUCAGUGGGGCGGUGGUGGUUGGUGA